AUGGCGCUCCCUCAGCGGACGCUCAGCUGGCUUUACUCAGUGUUGAGCAAAGACCACUACGACCCGAAUCAGACCUAUCACGACCCGAACCGUACGUACCAGGAUGUGGUCAGCGCUCUAGCCCAAUACCCCUCGCUCUCCCCACGAACGGACGUCUACACCUACGAGAAUGGUUUCUCUUGCCUUCUCCUUCACUUGGUCGGCACCUUGCCGGUAGUCUUCCGUGGCACGACAUACCGAUUCCCAAUCGCAUUAUGGAUCCCCAAUACCUAUCCGAAAGAUCCUCCCAUGGUAUAUGUCACUCCGCCGCAAGAUAUGGCUGUCCGGCCUGGCCAGCAUGUGACCUUGGAGGGUCGAGUAUACCAUCACUAUCUGGCACACUGGGCAGAAGCUUGGGAUAGGUCAACAAUUACCGAUUUCCUUUCCAUCUUGCGUGAAGUCUUUGCCAAAGAACCGCCUGUGCGGUAUCGACAGCAACCAUCCCAACCGCAGCCGCAACAGACACAGACACCCCCGCCCCUUCCACCUCUGCCGCCCGGCGUUAGCCCUACGCCAGCACCGUCACAAAUACAGCCUGCUAGUCCAUUAGUUCCAGCUCCUCCCCAGUUGCCACCAAAGCCUGGGGCUCCGCAAGGGCUGCAGUCACCCCAGGGAGCAGAACGAUAUAAGUCGCCUCCGCCGCUCCCUCCGCUCCCCCCGAAGGAAAAUGAAUCUCGGCGGAUUUCAGCUUCAAUCCCAUCAGUGGGUCCAACGAAUCCAGGAAACAGAGCCAGUCGUCAAUUUGUGUCGCCACAGUAUCAACACCCACAACCUCCAAUACACCCUUUGCCAGCUGGGGCAAUAUCUCACAAUAGAGAUGCCAGUGGUCCCCAGCAACCAUAUCAGCAGCCAGGUCCACAAGGUUCUCCAGCAUCACCACCGCCGCAAGUACUAAACAACCAUCCAAUCCCACUGGCACAGCCAUCUCAAUAUAUGGGAUACCAACCCCAUCCACAUAAUCACAUGCCGCCAGGGCCCGCAUAUCAACAAUCGCCAUAUCCACCAAACUACCAACCGGUGCCACCAGCUGCUCCGGCAGCCCCGGCUCCAAAACCCCCGGCUCCAGAUCUACUUACCUCGCCGUUCGAGCUGGAAUUACCCUCAUUUGCCCCGACGGGCCCAGCACCGCCCAUCCCUCCUAACCCCGAAAAGGAUGCUCUGUUACACGCGGUUUCUAAGACACUCUCAGAGACUCUCCAAACCCAAGCUUCUCAAUCCGAUGCUGCAGCGCAGUCUCUCGUCUCUCAGUCCCAUUCCUUGCAGAGUGCAAUGGCCACACUCCAAGCGGAGUUCAAUCCAUUCAUCGUGCAGAUGCGACUAUUGCCGAUGCGCAGACUCGGGCUUCUUUUUCCGCCCCUCCCCGCUACCUCUGGAGCCCCCGGCCCCUCUACAUCCUCUGAUGCUCCGACAGGUCUGCCGCCCAUUGAUGAUGUUCUUGUUGCCCCAACUGUUGUUGGCAAGCAGCUUUAUGAUCUUGUUGCGGAAGAAGAAGGACUGCAGCACGCACUGUACGCGCUGCAGGCGGCGCUUGUGCGCGGCGUCAUCGGUGUUGAUUCUUGGUCGCGCCAGACGCGAGGCUUGGCGCGGGAAGCUUUCCUCAAGAAAGCCCUUAUCCGCAAGGUUGCGAGGGGAAUGGGCUUGGAAGAACCUACGAUUUGA